AUGGAUUGUUUGCUUUGGAACUGCCAAGGGGCGAGUGGAAAGAGAUCCAUCCGCACCCUAAAGAAUCUCCUAUUGGACCAUAAGCCGUGCAUUUUAGGUCUGUUUGAAUCCAAAGUGUCGGGGGUUCAGGCUAAUGCUAUCUGUUGCAAGCUCGGGUUUUCUGAUUGGAUCCGUGUGGAAGCCUUAGGCUUCAGUGGUGGCAUUUGGGUCUUCUGGAAGGACCUGGUGCAGAUAUCGGUUUUGUUUACUCACCCACAGUUCAUACUCUUGCAGGUCUCUAAAUCAAGUAGCCCUCCUUUGUUUUUUGCCCCAGUCUAUGGAAGCCCCACGCACCAGCUUCGCAAACGCCUAUGGCGUGACCUGAGGCAGUGUAAUAGGGCUAUUUCGGGGCCCUGGUUGGUGGCGAGGGACUUUAAUUCUGUGGUUUACCAGGAGGAGACUCUGAAUUACACCUCUUUUUCCACACAACGGAGUGCUGACUUUGCAAGCUGGAUACAGGAAGAGGGCCUAAUUGACUUGAGCUUUACAGGCCCAAAGCUUACCUGGGUCAAAGACGGAUCUAGUGAUCGCAUCAAAGGGGCAAGACUUGAUCGAGCGUUAUGCAACACCGAGUGGCGCACUAGUUUCCCCGAGGCCUGUGCAGCCUGGCUAACUCACCCGGAUAUUAGAGAAGUGGUGGACGGCUCAUGGGAUAGAGAGCAAGGCGUUCCGCUAAAUAACAUGAACCUUGCGGGUACUUUGACCCAAUGGAACAAGUCAGCGUUCGGUAAUAUCUUCAGACGUAAAAGAACCCUCUUGGCCAGAAUAGGGGGAAUCCAGAGCCGGUUGAUGGAACAGUGUCACGGGGGCCUGGUAAAGCUGGAAUGGAAACUUCGUAAAGAGCUUGAAGAUACUCUGUACCAGGAUGAGCUUAUGUACUUCCAGCGAUCCCGGGAAGAUUGGAUCAACUCGGGAGAUAGGAAUACUGCCUACUACCACGCUGCCACGACAGUUCGCAGGUCUAGAAAUGUCGUCGCUGGGCUGAUGGUUCACAAGGCUCUCACAGAUAUGAAACCUUAUAAGGCUCCAGGACCAGAUGGUUUUCCCGCGGCCUUCUACCAGAAUUUAUGGGAUUUAACGGGCGAUAGUGUGUUCAACAUGGUCGAAGAGGCGCUAAGGUCAGGCUGUCUCCCGGAGGGAGUUAAUGAUACUCUAAUCGUGCUCAUACCAAAAGUAAGAAACCCGAAGACCAUCAAGCAGUUCAGACCUAUUAGCCUUUGCAAUGUGAGCUACAAGAUUUUAACGAAGACUAUUACAAAUAGGCUGAAGAGCAUCCUUCCUAAAAUGGUAUGCCCGUUUCAGAGUUCCUUUGUUCCAGGAAGACAGAUCUCGGAUAAUAUCAUUAUUUACCAGGAGGUAAUGCAUACCAUGCGUGAGAAGCGGGGAGCGGCUGGUUUAAUGGCCAUCAAACUCGACCUCAAGAAAGCCUAUGACCGGUUGUCAUGGGACUUUAUUCAGGACACCCUUGAGCGGGCAGGUUUUCAGGAAGAUUGGACAAGGAUUAUUAUGGCUUGCAUCAGGUCCUCUAAGCUUUCCAUUGCUUGGAAUGGGGAAUGA